AUGCCUCGGCGCGCGGCUCGGCUUUCCCCCACUAGGACCCUGCCGAGGUGCAGGCCUCCGGGAGCGCUCGCUAGCAGAGGCGCGGCGGGUGCUGUGUGUUACGCGCGCCCACCUCCUGGGGAAGGAACCACAAGGCCGGGGCCGCGGAUGGUCGCGGGGAUGGAGCGCGGGGCGACGGCGGUGGCGUGCGCGUUGCUGCUGGCUUUUGCCGCCUGCCUGGGGCGGGCCAGUGGCCAAGUUGCAGAAUGUGGAAGUGAGCAUUUCCACUGUGAAGAUGGGCAGUGUAUCUCUGCAUCCUGGAGAUGUGAUGGGACCAGAGACUGCUUAGAUGAUUCGGAUGAAAUUGGCUGCCCUCCCCCUUCUUGCAAGUCGGACCAGUUCCUGUGUCAGGGUGAAGGUCUGUGCAUCCCUAACUUCUGGGAGUGUGACGGUGACCAGGACUGUGAGGAUGGCUCAGAUGAACAUCAGCGUUGUCCUGGGAGAACAUGCUCAAGCCAUCAAAUUACAUGCUCCGAUGGUGAAUGUAUCCCAAACGAAUACAGGUGCGACCACGUCAGAGACUGCUCAGAUGGAACUGACGAGAAAGACUGCCACUACCCGACAUGUGAACAGCUCACUUGUGCCAAUGGAGCCUGCUAUAACAGCAGUCAGAAAUGUGAUGGGAAAGUUGACUGCAGAGACUUCUCUGAUGAAAACAAUUGCACUAAGGUAUGUGCAUACCACGAGUUCCAGUGCGACAGUGGGGUGUGCCUCCCUCACUCCUACGUCUGCGACCAUUAUCUGGACUGUGAAGAUGGCAGCGAUGAGCAUUCUUGUAUCUAUGAGACCUGCAGAGGCAACCAGUUCACUUGCCACAGCGGCUACUGCAUUAGUCAAAAUGCGGUUUGUGACGGAGAGAAUGACUGUAAGGAUAACAGCGAUGAAAACGGAUGCGAAAGCAGUAGUCCCCAUAUUCGUGAAUGCUACCCAGGUGAAUGGGCUUGUCCAGAGUCUGGAAAAUGCAUCCCAAUCGCAAAUGUUUGUGAUGGGACUUCAGAUUGUCCAGGAGGAGAAGACGAAAACAAUAGCACCAAAGGGCUACACUGUGAUGUGAAUUUGUGUUCUCUGCUGAGCUGUGAGUACCAAUGCCACAUGUCACCAAAUGGAGGGAUGUGUUACUGUCCCCCAGGUUUUAUCGUUGACCCGAAUAAUACCCGCAACUGUGUCGAUUUUAAUGAUUGCCAGAUAUGGGGAGUUUGUGACCAGAUGUGUGAAGACCGAAUUGGCCAUCACCAGUGCCACUGUGCAGAAGGGUAUGUCUUGGAACAUCAACGGCAUUGCAAAGCUAAUACUUCCUCUGAGCAGGCCUCCGUUAUCUUCUCCAAUGGUCGGGAUUUGCUAGUUGGUGAUAUUCAUGGAAGGACCUUUGCGAUGCUGGUGCAGUCUCAAAAUCACGGAGUGGCUGUGGGUGUGGAUUUUCACUAUCAUCUACACAGAGUCUUUUGGACUGACACUGUGCAAGAUAAGGUUUUUUCAGUUGACAUUGAUGGCUUAGACAUCCAAGAAGUUCUUUCUCUUGAUGAUCCAGAGAAUCUAGCUGUGGACUGGAUUAAUAAUAAACUUUAUUUGGUAGAGACCAAGGUCAGCCGCAUAGAUAUGGUCAAUUUGGAUGGAAGCCAUCGGAUUGUCCUUAUAACUGGAAACUUGGGGCAUCCUAGGGGAAUUGCUGUGGACCCAACUGUUGGUUAUUUAUUUUUCUCAGAUUGGGGGAGCCUUUCUGGGGAACCUAGGUUGGAAAGGGCUUUCAUGGAUGGCACCAACCGUAAAGACUUGGUAAAAACAAAACUGGGAUGGCCUGCUGGGAUAACUCUGGAUAUGGUAUCAAAGCGUGUUUACUGGGUUGACUCCCGUUUUGAUUACAUUGAGACUGUAACCUAUGAUGGAAUUCAAAGGAAGACAGUAGUCCAAGGAGGCUCACUCAUUCCUCAUGCCUUCGGAAUAAGUUUGUUUGAAGGUCAUGUAUUCUUUACUGAUUGGACAAAGAUGGCUGUAAUGAAGGCAAACAAGUUCACAGAGACCAGUCCACAAGAGUACCACCAGACUUCUCUGAGGCCCUUUGGAGUGACUGUUUACCAUUCCCUCAGGCAGCCCUACGUUAGCAAUCCAUGCAGAGAUAACAAUGGGGGCUGUGAACACAUCUGUGUCCUCAGCCACAGAACAGAUAAUGAUGGUUUGGGUUACCGCUGCAGGUGCACCCUCGGCUUCAGCCUGGAUGUGAAUAACCGCCACUGCGUUGCUGUUAAGCAGUUCCUGAUCUUUUCGUCUGAAGUGGCUGUUCGUGGCAUCCCAUUCAACCUGUCUACCCAGGAAGAUGUCAUAGUACCAGUUACAGGAAAUCCUUCUUUUUUUGUUGGGAUUGAUUUUGAUGCCCAGGAGAACACUCUCUUCUUUUCAGAUACAUCAAAAGACAUGAUUUUUAAACAGAAUAUCAAUGGCACAGGAAGAGAGAUUCUCACUGCCAACAGGGUGGAAAGUGUUGAAAGUUUGAGUUUUGACUGGAUUUCAAAGAAUCUCUAUUGGACAGACCCUUCUUACAGGAGUAUCAGUGUCAUGAGGCUAGCUGAUAAAUCGAGACGUGCAAUCAUCCAGAAUUUAAAUAACCCACGAUCAAUUGUAGUUCAUCCUAUCGCUGGGUACAUAUUUUUCACUGACUGGUUCCGUCCUGCUAAAAUUAUGAGAGCGUGGAGCGAUGGAUCUAACAUUUUGCCGAUAGUAAACACUACUCUUGGAUGGCCCAAUGGGUUGGCCAUUGAUUGGGGUGCUUUACGGUUGUACUGGGUAGAUGCCUUUUUUGAUAAAAUUGAGCACAGCACCUUUGAUGGUUUAGACAGAAGAAACCUGGGCCAUAUACAGCAGAUGACUCAUCCAUUUGGACUUACUGUCUUUGAAGACUAUGUGUUUUUUACUGACUGGAGACUGGGUGCUAUUGUUCGUGUCAGGAAAACGGAUGGUGGAGACAUAAGGGUUAUCCGAAGUGGCAUCGCUAAUAUAAUGCAUGUGAAAUCAUACAAUGCCAACACUCAGACUGGUUCUAACUACUGUAAUCGACCCACACAUCCAAAUGGCGACUGCAGCCACUUCUGCUUCCCGGUGCCAAAUUUCCAGCGGGUAUGUGGUUGCCCGUAUGGAAUGAGUUUGACUUCUAAUCACUUGACAUGCCAGGAAGACCCAUCCCGUGAACCACCCAUGGAGCAGUGUGGCUCCUUUUCCUUUCCCUGUAGCAACGGCAGAUGUGUGCCCAGUCACUACCGCUGUGAUGGAGUAGAUGACUGUCAUGAUAACAGUGAUGAGCACCAAUGCGGCAAAUUCAAUAAUUCCUGUGCACCUUCUGCCUUCACCUGUCGCCACGGAGAGUGCAUUCCCAGACACUGGAAGUGUGACAAGCAGUUCGACUGCGUGGACGGCAGUGAUGAGGAGAACUGCCCCUCCCAGGCACCCACUUCCUGUCCCGCAUCCUUCUUCACCUGUGAUAAUCACCUGUGUAUCCCAAGGAGCUGGCUCUGUGACACAGAUAAUGAUUGCUCGGAUGGAUCUGACGAGAAGAACUGCCAACUUACAGAGACAUGCUUGCCUAGUCAGUUUCGUUGUCCUGAUCAUCGCUGUAUUGACCUAUCUUUUGUCUGUGAUGGGGACAAGGACUGCGUUGAUGGAUCUGAUGAAGCUGGUUGUGUAAUUAAUUGCACUGCUUCUCAAUUCAAAUGUGCCAGUGAGGGUCGAUGUAUUAGUAACAUGUAUCAUUGUGAUGGUGUUUUUGACUGUGAUGAUCACUCUGAUGAGAUAGACUGUUCAACUAGGCCUCCUGGGAUGUGCCACCCAGAUGAAUUUCAGUGCCAAGCAGAUGGUGUCUGCAUCCCGAAGAGCUGGGAGUGUGAUGGGCACCAAGACUGCAUCUCUGGAUCUGAUGAGCACCAUGGCUGUGCCCCCAGGACCUGCCCUCCUUCUCACUUCCUGUGUGACAAUGGAAACUGCAUCCACAGAGAUUGGCUUUGUGAUGGGGACAAUGACUGCAGGGAUAUGAGUGAUGAGAAGGACUGCCCCACUCAAGCCUUUCAGUGUCCCAGUUGGCAAUGGCUUUGCCCUGGCCAUAGCGUCUGUGUGAAUCUGAGUGCAGUGUGUGAUGGCAUCUUUGACUGCCCCAAUGGGACAGAUGAAUCCCCACUUUGCAAUGAACCCUGGCCAGACCAGGUUAGCUGCUCAGAUUCCAAUGGUGGUUGUACUCAUCAGUGCGUUCAGGGCCCCUUUGGGGCUCAGUGCCUGUGUCCAUCAGGAUACCUUCUUGCCAACGAUUCUAAGACCUGUGAAGACAUAGAUGAAUGUGAUGUCCCAGGCUUUUGUAGCCAGCAUUGUUUCAAUACGAGAGGUUCUUUCCGGUGCUGGUGUGAUGAUGAAUACACAAUAGACACUGACAGAAGGACUUGCAAAAUUACAGGAUCUGAAAGCCUGUUGCUGCUUGUGGCAAGUCAGAACCAGAUUAUUGCUGACAAUAUCACCUCCCACGUUCACAGUAUCUAUUCAAUUGUCCAGAAUGGUUUUCACAUUGUAGCUCUUGAUUUUGAUUCAGUCAGUGGUCGUGUCUUUUGGUCUGACGGAAGUCAGGGUAAAAUCUGGAGUGCGUUUCAGAAUGGAACAGACAGAAGAGUAAUACUUAACAGUGGUGUCACUAUGGCUGAAAGUAUUGUGGUAGAUUGGGUAGGUCGCAAUCUUUACUGGACAGACUUUGCUCUGGAAACAAUUGAAGUAUCUAAACUGGAUGGUAGCCACAGGACCGUGCUGAUUAGUAAGAAUGUAUCAAAUCCAAGGGGACUAGCAUUAGAUCCCAGAAUUAGUGACCAUUUGAUGUUCUGGUCUGACUGGGGCCACCACCCCCGUAUCGAGCGAGCAAGCAUGGAUGGCAGUCUGCGCACUGUUAUCGUCCAGGACAAGAUUUUCUGGCCCAGUGGCAUAACUAUUGACUACCCCAACAGACUGCUGUACUUUAUGGAUUCCUAUCUUGAUUACAUAGACUAUUGUGAUUAUAAUGGACAGCAUCGGAGGCAGGUGAUAGCCAGUGAUUUGAUUCUGCGACAUCCCUAUGCCCUCACUCUCUUCGAAGAUUCUGUGUACUGGACUGACCGCUCAACUUACCAAGUUGUUCAAGCGAAUAAGUGGCAUGGUGGGAACCAGUCAGUCAUAAUUCGUAAUCUUCAGCAGCCCCUUGGGGUUGUUGCAGUCCAUCCUGUGAAACAACCAGAGGGUGAAAAUUCAUGUGCGUUUUCCUCCUGCAGUCAUCUGUGCCUACUUUCCUCACAGCGGCCACACCUUUAUUCCUGUGCUUGUCCUUCGGGUUGGAGUCUUUCUCAUGAUUCUGUGACUUGCUUGAAAGAUGAUCGGCCUUUCUUAAUAACCGUGAGACACAGUAUAAUUUUUGGAAUCUCCCUUAAUCCCGAAGUGAAGAGCAACGAUGCUAUGGUCCCCAUAGCAGGGGUGAUGAACGGUUACGAUGUGGAAUUUGAUGACUCAGAGCAGUUCAUCUACUGGGUUGAGAAUCCAGGUGAAAUUCACAGAGUGAAGACAGAUGGCACCAACAGGACAGUAUUGGUUUCUCUAUCUAGAUUGGGGUCUUCCAUGAGCCUGGCCUUAGACUGGAUAUCAAGAAACUUAUAUUACACCAGUCCUGGAACUCCAUCAAUUGAGGUUUUGAAACUGCAGGGAGAUAUCAGAUACAGAAAAACACUAAUUACCAAUGAUGGGACAGCUCUUGGAGUUGGUAGUCCAGUUGGCAUAACUGUUGAUCCUGCUAAUGGGAAACUGUACUGGUCAGACCAAGGAACAGACAGUGGUAUUCCGGCCAAGAUUGCAAGUGCUAACAUGGAUGGCAAAUUUCCAAAAGUUCUCUUCACGGGGAGCCUUGAACACCUGGAGUUCAUCACCCUUGAUAUUGAGGAACAGAAACUCUACUGGGCGGUCACGAGCACGGGAGUGAUCGAAAGAGGAAAUGUGGAUGGUACAAACAGAAUGAUCCUGGUGAACCGUCUUUCCCACCCCUGGGGAAUUGCUGUCUAUGAUUCCUUCCUUUAUUAUACGGAUGAACACUAUGAAGUCAUUGAAAGAGUUGAUAAGGCCACUGGGGACAACAAAGUAGUCUUGAGAGAGAAUUUUCCAAAUUUGAGAGGUCUUCGAGUUUAUCACAGACAUGAUCCAUCCUCCAAUGGCUGUAGCAACAAUGGGAAUGCCUGUCAGCAGAUUUGCCUGCCUGUACCAGGAGGAUUGUUCACAUGUGCCUGUGCCAGUGGACUGAAACUCAAUCCUGAUAAUCAGACCUGUUCUCCAUAUAGCUCUUUUCUUGUUGUUUCAAUGCUGUCUGUAAUCACAGGCUUUAGCUUGGAAUUUUCAGAUCACUCCGAAGCCAUGGUGCCAGUGGCUGGCCAAGGACGAAAUGCACUGCAUGUGGAUGUUGAUGUGUCUUCUGGUUUUAUUUACUGGUGUGAUUUUAGCAGCUCUAUGAUAACUCAAAAUGCAAUCUAUAGAAUCAAACCUGAUGGGUCUGGUUUUACAAACAUCGUUACACAUGGGAUAGGAGAAAACGGAGUUCGGGGCAUUGCAGUGGAUUGGGUAGCAGGAAAUCUUUAUUUCACCAAUGCUUUUGUGUCUGAAACACUGAUAGAAGUUCUGCGGAUCAACACCACUUACCGCCGUAUUCUCCUUAAAGCCACUGCAGAUAGGCCCAGGGAUAUUGUUGUAGACCCCAAGAAUAGAUUCCUCUUCUGGGCUGACUAUGGGCAGAGCCCAAAGAUUGAACGUUCUUUCCUUGAUUGUACCAAUCGAACUGUGCUUGUAUCAGAAGGCAUUGUCACCCCACGGGGCUUGGCAGUAGACCAUAGCAAUGGUUACGUUUAUUGGGUUGAUGAUUCUUUAGAUAUAAUUGCAAGGAUUGGUAUUGAGGCACAGGAAUCUGAAGUGAUUCGUUAUGGCAGUCGUUACCCUACUCCUUAUGCCAUCACUGUUUUUGGAAAUUCUAUCAUAUGGGUAGACAGGAAUUUAAAAAAAAUCUUCCAAGCCAGCAAGGAACCAGACAGCAGUGAGCCACCAACAGUGAUAAGGGACAAUCUCAGCUGGCUAAGAGAUGUGACCAUCUUUGACCAGAGUGUUCAGCCCCGGUCACCAGCUGAGGUCAACAACAACCCUUGCUUGGAAAAUAAUGGUGGAUGCACCCAUUUCUGCUUUGCUUUGCCUGGAUUGAACACCCCAAAAUGUGGCUGUGCCUUUGGAACCCUAGAAGGUGAUGGCAAGAGCUGUGCCAUUCCAACAGAAGAUUUUCUCAUCUUUGCCUUGGAGAACACCUUGAGAAGCUUACACUUGGACCCUGAGGCUCAUAGCCCACCUUUCGAAGCAAUACGUGUGAAUAGAAUUGCUGUAGACCUGGUCUAUGAUAGCAUAACUAACAGAAUCUACUUCACACAAUCUUUUCCAUCUGGAAAUGGUCAGAUUUCGUAUGUCAAUCUAAAUUCAGGGACCAGGUCUCCUACGACCAUUAUUUCAGGUAGAGGGAAUCCUGAUGGCAUUGCCUUUGACUGGAUCAAUAGAAGAAUUUAUUACAGUGACUACAUCAACCAGACAAUUUACUCCAUGGCUGAGGAUGGUUCUCAGCGCACUGUGAUUGCCCAUGUUUCAAAGCCAAGAGCAAUUGUAUUAGAUCCUUGCCGAGGCUACAUGUACUGGACUGACUGGGGUACUAAUGCCAAAAUUGAGAGAGCUACACUGGGAGGAAAUUUCCGGGUACCCAUUGUGAACAGCAGCCUGGUCUGGCCCAAUGGGCUCACUCUGGACCAUGAGAAUGACCUUCUCUACUGGGCAGAUGCCAGUCUGCAGAAGAUUGAACGCAGCACUCUAAUGGGCACGCAGCGUGAGGUCAUUGUCUAUACAGUCUUUCAUCCUUUUAGCUUGACUCUCUAUGGCCAGUAUAUUUAUUGGACUGACUGGAACAUGAAAAAAAUUUACCGAGCUAACAAAUAUGAUGGGUCAGGUCAGAUGGCAAUGACCAUGAGUUUUCCCUCCCGGCCUAACGGUAUUCGUGCUGUAGUGAAGAAUCCUCAGCAACAGUGUAGCAAUCCUUGCAGCGAGUUUAAUGGAGGCUGCAGCCAUAUUUGUGCACCAGGUCCAAAUGGUGCUGAGUGCCAGUGUCCACAUGAGGGCCACUGGUAUCUGGCCAACAACAAAAAGCAUUGCAUCGUGGACAAUGGUACACGGUGUGACAAUUCCAAGUUCACCUGCCUCAAUGGACAUUGCAUCUCGGAACAAUGGAAAUGCGACAACGAUAAUGACUGUGGUGAUGGCAGUGAUGAGUUGGAAAGUGUCUGUGCAUUUCACACCUGCCACCCGACAGCGUUCACCUGUGCCAAUGGGCGAUGCGUCCAGUAUCAUUAUCGCUGUGACCACUACAAUGACUGUGGUGACAACAGUGAUGAGGCAGGGUGCCUGUUCAGGGACUGUAAUGCCACUGUGGAGUUUACCUGCGGUAAUAAAAGGUGCAUUCCUCUUCAGUUUGUCUGCAAUGGCAUCAACAACUGCCAUGAUAAUGAUACCUCAGAUGAGAAAAAUUGCUCUGAUCGUACCUGCCAGCCCGGCUAUGUAAAAUGUCAGACGACAAACAUUUGCAUUCCUCAUUUUUACUUGUGUGAUGAAGACAAUGACUGUGGAGACAUGAGUGAUGAAAGCCCUGUUUUCUGUGCUUCUCACACGUGCAGCAGUGACGAGUUUGCCUGCACAUCUGGACGUUGCAUCCCGAGACACUGGUACUGUGACGAGGAAGGGGAUUGUCCUGAUGGCUCUGAUGAACCUGCCACUUGCGAGUACCUUGAAGCAACAUGCUUAAGUAAUGAGUUCAAGUGCGACAGUGGGAGGUGCAUUCGAAGUGAAUGGAUCUGUGAUGGGGAUAAUGACUGCGGGGACAUGAGUGACGAGGAUGAAAGGCACCAUUGUGACAGCCACAACUGCUCAAGUUCUGAGUUUCUCUGUGCAAAUAAUGUGCCUCCAUCCAGGAAGUGCAUUCCCCAGUCUUGGGUCUGUGAUGGUGAUGCGGAUUGUACGGAUGGCUAUGAUGAGCAACAGAAUUGCACCAGGAGAUCUUGCUCUGGCAGUGAUUUCACCUGUAGUAAUGGAUUGUGUGUUCCACACUCAUACAGGUGUGACUGGCGCAAUGACUGUGGGGACUACAGCGACGAGAGGGACUGCUCCUACCCCACCUGCAACAAGAACCAGUUCACCUGUCAGAACGGGCUGUGCAUUUAUGAGCAGUAUAAGUGUGAUGGGGAAAACGACUGUGGAGAUGGGUCUGACGAGCUGGAGCACCUGUGCCACACCCCAGAGACCACGUGCCCCCCUCAUCAGUUCAAGUGUGACAAUGGGAACUGCAUCGAUAUGGUGAAAAUCUGCAACCACCUAGAUGACUGUUUGGACAACAGUGAUGAGAAAGGAUGUGGCGUUAACGAGUGCAGUGACCCUUGGCUCAGUGGCUGUGACCAAAACUGCACGGACACCCUCACCAGUUUCUAUUGUUCUUGUCGUCCUGGUUACAAGCUUCUGUCUGACAAACAGAGUUGUGAUGAUAUUGAUGAAUGCAAGGAGACGCCCUUUGUCUGUAGUCAGAUGUGUGAGAAUGUAAUGGGCUCCUACAUAUGUAAGUGUGCCCCAGGCUACAUCCGAGAACCAGACGGAAAGAGCUGUCGGCAGAACAGUAACAUCGAGCCCUAUCUCAUUUUUAGCAACCGUUACUAUUUGAGAAAUCUCACUACAGAUGGCCAUUUUUACUCCCUCAUUUUGCAAGGACUGGGCAAUGCUGUGGCCCUCGAUUUUGACCGAGUAGAAAAGAGAUUGUAUUGGAUUGAUACAGAGAAUAAAGUCAUUGAGAGAAUGUUUCUGAAUAAGACAAACCGGGAGACAGUCAUAAAUCACAGACUACCAGCUGCAGAAAGUCUGGCUGUAGACUGGGUGGCCAGAAAGCUCUACUGGGUGGAUGCCUACCUGAAUUGCCUGUCUGUCUCUGACCUUGAUGGUCGAUACCGCCGCAAGUUGGCUGAGCACUGUGUGGAUGACAACAAUACCUUCUGCUUUGAUCAUCCCAGAGGAAUUACCCUUCACCCGCGAUAUGGGCAUGUCUACUGGGCAGACUGGGCUAACCGAGCAUACAUUGGGAGAGUAGGCAUGGAUGGAACGAAUAAGUCUGUGAUUAUCUCUACCAAGAUAGAGUGGCCCAAUGGCAUCACCAUUGAUUACACCAAUGAUCUACUCUACUGGGCAGAUGCCCACCUGGGUUACAUUGAGUACUCUGAUUUGGAGGGCCGUCAUCGGCACACGGUAUACGACAGAAUGCUGCCUCACCCCUUUGCUAUUACCAUUUUUGAAGACACUAUUUAUUGGACGGAUUGGAAUACAAGGACAGUUGAAAAGGGAAACAAAUAUGAUGGAUCAGAUAGGGUUGUGCUGGUGAACACAACACAUAAACCAUUUGACAUCCACGUAUAUCAUCCAUACAGGCAGCCAGUUGUGAGCAAUCCCUGUGGUACCAACAAUGGUGGCUGUUCUCAUCUCUGCCUCAUCAGAGCAGGAGGAAAUGGAUUCACCUGUGAGUGUCCAGAUGACUUCCAAACCCUUCGUUUGGGUGACAUCAAUGUCUGCCUGCCCAGGUGCUCCAGCACCCAGUUCCUGUGUGCCAACAGUGAAAAGUGUAUUCCUAUUUGGUGGAAAUGCGACGGGCAGAGAGACUGCUCGGACGGCUCUGACGAGCCGGUGCUUUGCCCACAGCGCUACUGCCGGCUAGGACAAUUCCAGUGCAAGGAUGGCAACUGCACCAGCUCGCAUUUCCUGUGCAAUGCUCACCAAGAUUGCCCUGAUGGCUCGGACGAGGACCAGAUUCUCUGUGAGCAUCACCAGUGCCAGUCCAACGAAUGGCAGUGUGCCAACAAACGGUGCAUCCCUGAAGCCUGGCGGUGUGACUCGGAGAACGACUGCGGGGAUAACUCAGACGAAGAUGUCUACAACUGUGCCAGUAGGAUCUGCCAGCCGGGCUACUUCAAGUGUGCUAAUAGCCACUGCAUCCCUCAGGACUGGAAGUGUGAUGUGGACAAUGACUGUGGCGACUACUCGGAUGAGCCCAUGCCCGAAUGCUUGAGCCAUCGCUGUGACAACCAUACAGAAUUCAGCUGCAGAACCAACUACCGCUGCAUCCCACAGUGGGCUGUGUGUAACGGUUUCGACGACUGCAGGGACAACAGCGAUGAGCAAGGCUGUGAGGAGAGGACGUGCAAACCUUCCGGGGAAUUUCGCUGUAAUAAUCACCACUGUAUCCCUCUUCGCUGGAGGUGUGAUGGGCACGAUGACUGUGGAGAUCACUCAGAUGAGGAGAACUGUGUCCCCCGGGAGUGCUCGGAGAGUGAAUUUCGAUGUGAUGAUCACAGCUGCAUUCCUUCUCGAUGGGUCUGUGACCAUAAUAACGACUGUGGCGACCACUCAGAUGAGCGGGACUGCGAGAUGAAGACGUGCCAACCCGGGUAUUUUCAGUGUCAGAGUGGACACUGUGUGCCUGAGCAGUCAACUUGUGAUGGAAUGGCUGACUGUCUAGAUGCCUCCGAUGAAGCUGCUUGUCCCACUCGCUUCCCCAAUGGUGCGUAUUGCUCGGCGACUAUGUUCGAAUGUAAAAAUCACGUGUGCAUCCAGUCAUCUUGGAAAUGUGAUGGCGAUGACGACUGUGGCGAUGGUUCUGAUGAAGAACUUCACCUGUGCCUGGAUGUUUCCUGCGACUCACCGUACCGGUUCCGAUGUGACAACAAUCGCUGUAUUUAUAAGCAUGAGCUGUGCAACCAUGUGGAUGACUGUGGAGAUGGGAGCGAUGAGAAGGAGGAGCAGUGUUUACCUUCGACCUCUAGACCUUGUACAGAAAAUGAAUUUAAGUGUAGCAAUGGACAUUGCAUUUCACAGCAUCUUGUAUGCGACGAUGUUGAUGACUGUGGUGACCAUUUUGAUGAAACGGGUUGCAAUACAGGAAAAGAAAGAUCGUGUGCGGAGAAUCUAUGUGAACAAAACUGUACACAGUUAAGUGAAGGAGGCUUUAUCUGCUCCUGUAGACCCGGGUUCAAAGCCAGUAUGUUGGAUAGAAACUCCUGUGACGACAUCAAUGAAUGUGAGCAAUUUGGGGUUUGUCCCCAGAACUGCCAGAAUACCAAAGGAAGUUAUGAGUGUUCCUGUGCUGAAGGCUUUAGGUCUGUGAGUGACCAGUAUGGAAAACGAUGCGCAGCUGAUGGUAACCCUCCUUUGUUGCUACUGCCUGAAAACGUACGAAUUCGCAAAUACAAUCUCUCAUCUGAGAGGUUCUCAGAUUAUCUUGAAGGCGAGGAACGAAUUCAGGCUCUUGAUUAUGAUUGGGACCCCGAAGGCAUAGGUCUCAGCGUCGUAUAUUAUACUGUGCUAGGGCAUGGCUCUGAUUUUGGAGCUAUCAAACGUGCCUACAUCCCCAACUUUGAAUCUGGUACUAAUAAUCUUGUGUCAAAAGUUAACCUGAACCUGAAAUCUAUAAUGCAACCAGAUGGAUUAGCAGUGGACUGGGUUGGAAGGCAUAUUUACUGGUCAGAUGCCAAGACCAAACGGAUCCAGGUGGCUAAACUUGAUGGGAGGUACAGAAAGUGGCUGAUUUCCACUGGACUGGAUCAACCAGCUGCAGUGGUUGUGAAUCCCAAACUAGGGCUUAUGUACUGGACUGACUGGGGCAGAGAACCUAAAGUCGAGUCUGCCUGGAUGGAUGGACAACAUCGGAAAACCCUGGUGCAGGAGGACCUUGGUUGGCCAACAGGCCUUGCUAUUGAUUAUUUGAAUGAUGACCGGAUCUACUGGAGUGACUUCAAGGAGAACAAUAUCGAAACUAUAAAACAUGAUGGGACUGAUAGGAGAAUCGUUGCAAAUGCAGCAAUGAACCCAUAUAGUCUGGACAUCUUUGAAGGCCAGUUUUACUGGAUAUCUAAGGAUAAGGGAGAAGUGUGGAAGCAAGAUAAAUUUGGGCUAGAUGAGAAAGAGAAAAUGCUGAUGGUGAACCCGUGGCUCACUCAAGUUCGAAUCUUCCAUCAACACAGAUACGAUCGGUCAGUGCCCAACCGCUGUAAAAAUGUCUGCAGUCACCUCUGCCUCCUGAGACCUGGAGGGUAUAGCUGUGCCUGCCCCCAAGGGUCCGCCUUCAUCGCGGGGAGCAGCACUGAUUGUAACGCAGCCAUUGAAAGUCCUAUCACCAUGCCCCCCCCAUGCCGGUGUAUGUAUGGAGGAAGUUGCUAUUUUGAUGAGAACGACCUCCCCAAAUGCAAGUGUCCCAGCGGCUACAUGGGAAAACACUGUGAAAUAGGGCUUUCCAAAGGCGUCCCUCCAGGAACAACAGUGGCUGUGCUCUUGACCAUCAUCCUGAUCAUCAUCAUCGCCGCUUUGGCGGCAUUAGGAUUUUUCCACUACCGGAGAACGGGCUCCCUUUUGCCUUCUCUGCCCAAGCUACCAAGCUUAAGCAGUCUAGUAAAGUCCUCUGAAAAUGGAAAUGGGGUGACCUUCAGAUCGGGAGCAGAUGUUAACAUGGAUAUCGGAGUAUCUGGUUUUGGGCUCGAGUCUGCUAUUGACCGCUCGAUGGUGAUGAGUGAAAACUUUGCCAUGGAGAUGGGGAAGCAGCCCAUAAUAUUUGAAAACCCAAUGUAUGCAUCCAGGGACAGUGAUGUCAAAGUGGUUCAGCCAACGCAGGUGACUGUAUCUGGAAAUGUGGAUAACCAGAACUAUGGAAGUCCCAUCAACCCUUCUGAAAUAGUUCCAGACACAAAGCCGACCUCCCCCGGUGCUGAUGGAACUCAGGCAACAAAAUGGAAUAUCUUCAAACGAAAACCGAAACCGGCCACGAACUUUGAAAAUCCGAUCUACGCGGAGAUGGAGAAUGAACAGAAGGACAGCGCGGCUGUGACUCCACCUCCAACGCCUUCUGUCCCUGCGAAAAGUUCCCCAAGAGGCCCAGUGCCAACCUAUACUGCAACAGAAGACACUUUUAUAGACACCGCGAGCCUUGUUAGAGAAGACUCUGAGGUAUAG